AAGAUGGUGAGUGUUUCUGCUUUUUCGCGGGAUCCCUGGUAUCUCUCUAUCCGUGUCCAUCGACUACCUUUGCUAAGCCUAGUUGGGUAGCCUCUGCCUUAGAAGGCUUCAGGAGAUUCCUCCACAGCAUCUAGGGUUGCGGGAUGAGGGAAAGACGCGGCGGUGGUGGAAGGCGAGUGGUUUGCGGGCCCAAAGGGAAGAAGGCCAAGGGGAAGAAGGUGGCCCCGGCCCCUGCCGUUGUAAAAAAGCAGGAGGCCAAGAAAGUGGUCAAUCCUUUGUUUGAAAAGCGGCCCAAGAAUUUUGGCAUUGGUCAGGAUAUCCAGCCCAAAAGGGACCUCACCCGUUUUGUCAAAUGGCCUCGAUACAUUAGACUGCAGCGUCAAAGGUCUAUCCUUUAUAAACGAUUGAAAGUGCCACCAGCAAUCAACCAGUUUACCCAGGCUUUGGACCGUCAGACAGCUACUCAGCUGCUUAAACUGGCUCACAAGUACAGACCUGAGACAAAGCAAGAAAAGAAGCAAAGGUUGCUGGCUCGGGCUGAACAAAAAGCUGCAGGCAAGGGGGAUGCUCCCACUAAGAGACCACCUGUCCUCAGAGCAGGUGUUAACACUGUUACUACCCUGGUAGAAAACAAGAAAGCACAGUUGGUAGUGAUUGCACAUGAUGUGGACCCCAUUGAGCUUGUGGUUUUCCUACCUGCCUUGUGCCGAAAAAUGGGAGUUCCUUACUGUAUUAUCAAAGGUAAAGCCAGACUGGGUCGAUUGGUUCACAGAAAGACUUGCACAAGCAUUGCCUUCACACAAGUUAACCCGGAAGAUAAGGGAGCCCUGGCUAAGCUGGUAGAGGCCAUCAAAACUAAUUACAAUGACAGAUAUGAUGAGAUCCGUCGCCACUGGGGUGGCAAUGUUCUGGGUCCAAAAUCAGUGGCUCGUAUUGCCAAGCUGGAAAAGGCAAAAGCUAAGGAACUUGCAACUAAAUUGGGUUAAAUUAUGUUUGAUUUUUCCCUACAUAAAAAUAAAAAAUUUAAACAAAA